CAAACAAAGCUCAGUUGGGGGUUUAACCGCCUCUGCUCCUCCCUGCCUGCUCACUGCCUGUUCUCUGGGCUAAUUUAAGAGGCUCCGUGUCCUUUUUAGUCAGAAGUACCGCUGUGUGUCAGCUCUAACUGUUCCGUACUGUAUGUACUGUUACUGUCCGCCGCGGCUUUGGCUGUAAUUCCAGUCAUUGCGCAACCGCAGUAGCAGCAUUAGCAGCAGCAGCAGCAGCAGUAGCAGCAGAAGCCUUCAUCUAUGCUAACAGCCCCGGUGUCCGAACAGCAGCCGGUAGACCUCCAAAAGGCUCAGAUAUGACCCGCUGUGUAAUCUGAAACAGGUCCGGUAGGCACGGAUCACAUCCUGUGUGUAGCCUUUACCCGGAAAAUCUCAGAUGUGGACAGAGAAUUGUUGAGUCAAGCUAGCCAGCAGCACAAUAAGCACAGCCCAUCCAGCAGCUGUCCACUGGGUGACCACCCCACCACACCCCACCCUACACCACCACACCCCACUCCACCCUCCUGUUUGUGGAUCGGUCUGGGUUUUUCUAAACGGAGGUACGAUGAGUGCGAUGCGCGUGGACGCCAAAGUGGUGAUGCUGGGAAAGGAGAGCGUGGGGAAGACGAGUCUGGUGGAGAGAUACGUUCAUCACCGCUUCUUGGUGGGCCCCUAUCAGAACACCAUUGGUGCUGCUUUUGUUGCCAAACCAAUCCAGGUGGGAGACAAAGUGAUCACUCUGGGAAUAUGGGACACAGCAGGGUCGGAGCGCUAUGAGGCGAUGAGCAGGAUUUACUACAGAGGAGCACGGGCUGCUGUGGUGUGCUACGAUUUAACUGACAGCAGCAGCUUCCAGAGAGCUCGCUUCUGGGUGAAAGAACUGCAGAACUGUGAAGAGCACUGUAAGAUCUACCUGUGUGGCACCAAGAACGACCUGAUCGAAGGGGACCGGAGCCUGCGUCAGAUCGACUAUCACGACGCUCAGGACUUUGCUGAAGAAAUCGGCGCGCAGCAUUUCGAGACCUCCAGUAAAACAGGAAGCAAUGUGGAUGACUUAUUUCAGAAAGUUGCAGAGGAUUAUAACAACACUGCCUUCCAGUAUAUGACAGCAGAGGAGCCAGGAGUCGACUUGGGCCAGAAGAAAGACUCAUAUUUCUACUCCUGUUGCCAUAACAACUGAAUGUGAAUGACAGAAUGGCCUUUACCUUCUCCUUUUGCUGGAAUUAACCCUGGAAAUGCUGGAUGAGACAGUUCAGAUAAGGAUCUGGUAUCCAAAGUGCAGAAGAGGAAAAACUACAACUACAACUACAACAGUACUGUCAUCUGUUUGCUUUGUCCCUGUUGGAUGUGUUUAUUUCUUGUGCCAUAAAGCGUUGGAUGUGUGUGGACUUCAUUGGAAGAAAACCCGCCUCCCCUUUCACAGUUUGGUCUGUGUGGAGCCGUGCAUCUGUGACAGCCCGGCGGUUCUUUCAUCUCAUGGAAGUCAGUUUGUCGUCCAGCUGUGGGCGUCCGUCACACACCUGAGGCUGCACUGACUGCACUGUACUCCAGAGGGCGCUGCUGUGCGUACAGGCCUUUGUUUACAGCAGUAAAUACACACUGUUUACUGCCAUUCGUCACUUAUUUAAAGUUUAACACUCAUCUGACCUCAAUGAGCACAGUUUUUUUUUUUUUUUCCUUUGGUUUCAGAUUUGUUAGUUUAAAAAGGGGGGCGACUGCGUUUGUGAGUGCCCCCCCCCCCCAUGUUCUCAGCCCAAACACAUUUAAAUGAGUCCUACAUUUAAGUGAAACCUGUGAAAAUUAAAUCAAACAUUCUAUGACUGAACGGGCAGGGCUGCACAAUAGGCACGGCAAUGUACGAAUGCACGUCAGUCACAUGACAGGAGAGCAUCGGAAGCGCUUCUGCUGGAACACGUUUGCUGCAGGAUACAAAUGCAAGAAUUCAAGAUUAGAGCUGCAACCGAUUCAUCGACUCAAAGUGAUCCAAAAAAUCCUUCAGCCACAGUUCUCCUGAACCUUCAGCUUUGUUUCCUUCAUUUCUCUGCUGUUAAACAUUGGUU